CGCCGGGAGCGCGCAUUUCUCGCCCGUCAUUACUCUGCGGCGGCUCUCUUUGCGCAUCCUCCGGGCUCUCCUUCUGCGAACCGGACGGCGCCUGCCGCUCCUGCCCUCCGCCCCAAACAGACGCGCAUCAACCCGUUUCUGCGCGUCACUGCUGCAGAGGGAGGCCUUGCCGCACGUCCUCACCUGGAUCCGGCGCAGCGGUUGACCGAGUCCGAUCAUGGCGCAACCGUGGGAAGCAGGAGACGUUCGGUUUGGAUGAAGGACGCUUUGCGCAUCGGACAAAGGGCCUCGCUCUGAAACUUCCCGCAGCGAGGAAACCAGAAGCUCCGCGCUUUUUGCGACGCCUGGUUUGCGGAGCCCCCGUUUGAGGACUAAUCAUCAAGGCCCGCUCGAGGUCCCCGAGCCUCACUUUGCGCACCUCCCCGCUCCAGGCAGACGGGUCUCCAGCCUGUUGCUGUCGUGCCCGUGUCGCCCAGUGUCGGCAGCAGCCAUGGUGGAUGCUGCAGAGUGCGGGGUGCGAGUGAUGUGCCGCUUCAGGCCCCUGAACGAGGCCGAGAUCACCCGAGGAGACAAGUACAUCCCCAAAUUCAAAGACGAUGACACCGUGGUCAUAACGGGAAAACCCUACGCGUUCGACCGCGUGCUGCCUCCCAACACGUCGCAGGAGCAGGUGUACGAGCAAUGUGCCAAACAGAUCGUUAAAGAUGUGCUGGGCGGCUACAAUGGGACCAUCUUUGCAUAUGGACAGACGUCCUCUGGGAAGACACACACCAUGGAGGGGAAACUGCACGACCCCCAGCUGAUGGGAAUCAUCCCUCGCAUCGCGCACGACAUCUUUGACCACAUCUACUCCAUGGAUGAGAAUCUGGAGUUUCACAUCAAGGUCUCUUAUUUUGAAAUCUACUUGGACAAGAUCAGAGACCUGCUGGAUGUGUCAAAAACGAAUCUGUCUGUGCAUGAAGACAAGAACAGAGUGCCGUACGUCAAGGGCUGCACCGAGCGCUUCGUGUCCAGUCCAGAGGAGGUGAUGGACGUCAUCGAUGAGGGCAAAGCCAACCGACAUGUAGCGGUGACCAAUAUGAAUGAGCACAGCUCUCGCAGUCACAGCAUUUUCCUCAUCAACAUCAAGCAGGAAAACGUUGAGACGGAGAAGAAGCUGUCAGGGAAGCUGUACCUGGUCGACCUGGCAGGAAGCGAGAAGGUCAGUAAGACGGGGGCGGAGGGAGCUGUGCUGGAUGAAGCCAAGAACAUCAACAAGUCUCUGUCUGCGCUGGGGAACGUCAUCUCUGCUCUGGCGGAGGGAACCAAAAGCCACGUGCCGUACAGAGACAGCAAGAUGACCCGAAUCUUGCAGGACUCCCUGGGUGGAAACUGCCGCACCACCAUCAUCAUCUGCUGCUCCCCGUCCAUCUACAACGAGGCCGAGACCAAGUCCACACUCAUGUUCGGACAGAGAGCUAAGACCAUCAAGAACACGGUGUCAGUGAACCUGGAGCUGACGGCUGAGGAGUGGAAGAAGAAAUAUGAGAAGGAGAAGGACAAGAACAAGAGCCUGAAAAGCAUCAUCCAGAGGCUGGAGGCCGAACUCAGCCGCUGGAGGAACGGCGAGAACGUUCCAGAGAACGAGCAGCUGAGCUCCAAAGAACAGAAGAGCGCCGAGCUGUACGACAACACCCCCGUCAUCGACAACCUGCAGCUGGCCGGAGGAGGCGUCGCAGUGAACGAGGAGGAGCGGAGGAAGUACGAGGACGACAUUGGCAAGCUGUACAAACAGCUGGACAACAAGGACGAUGAGAUCAACUUACAGAGCCAACUGGCCGAGCAACUCAAAGAGCAGAUGAUGGACCAGGACGAGCUCCUGGCGUCCACACGGCGUGACUACGAGAAGAUCCAGGAGGAGCUGUGCCGGCUGCAGGCGGAGAACGAGCUGGCCAAGGACGAGGUGAAGGAGGUGCUGCAGGCGCUGGAGGAGCUGGCCGUCAACUACGACCAGAAGAGCCAGGAGGUGGAGAAGAAGGAGCAGGCCAACCUGCAGCUGAGCGAGGAGCUGCAGCACAAGACGGCACUGCUACUGGCGGUGCAGAGGGAGCUGAACCAGCUGCAGGAGCUGAGCGGCCUCCAGCGGAAGAGAGCUGCAGAGGUCCUCAACCUGCUGCUGCGAGACCUCAGCGACAUCGGCGCCAUCAUUGGCACCAGCGACGCCAAGGCGGCCGUGUCCUCUGACACAAAGUGGAACGGCUCGGCUGUGGAGGAGGAGUUCACCGUCGCUCGCCUUUACAUCAGCAAGAUGAAGUCGGAGGUCAAGUCUCUGGUCAACCGCAGCAAGCAGCUGGAGAGCGCUCAGGCCGACGCCCACCGCAAAAUCCAGGCCAAUGAGAAGGAGCUGGCAUCCUGUCAGCUGCUCAUCUCACAGCAUCAGGCCAAGAUCAAGUCUCUGACCGACUACAUGCAGAACAUGGAGCAGAAGAAGAGGCAUCUGGAGGAGAGUCAGGAUGCUCUGACCGAGGAACUCGCCAAACUGCAAGCUCACGAGAAGAGACAUGAGGUGUUGGGAGAGGAGAAGGAGAAAGCAGACAUCAGCAGGCUGAACGGAGGCGAGGACAUGAAGCUGGAGAACCACCGGGAGGCUCAUCAGAAGCAGCUCAGCCGCCUCCGAGACGAGAUCGAGGACAAGCAGAGGAUGCUGGACGAGCUCACAGAUCUGAAUCAGGGUCUGCUGCUGGAGCAGGAGAGGCUUAUGUCGGACUACGACAGGCUGAAGGCUGAGGAGCAGGACAAAGAUGAAAAGCUCCAGAAACUUAUGCUGCUGAGUGAACAGAGGGAACAGGCCAGAGAGGACCUGAAGGGCCUGGAGGAGACGGUGGCCAAAGAACUACAGACACUUCACAACCUGCGCAAGCUUUUCGUGCAGGACCUCACCACGCGCGUAAAGAAGAGCGCCGAGCUGGACUGUGAGGAGGGACUCGGCCACGUGGCCCAGAAGCAGAAGAUCUCCUUCCUGGAGAACAACUUGGAGCAGCUCACCAAGGUCCACAAGCAGCUGGUCCGAGACAACGCAGACCUUCGCUGUGAGCUGCCCAAGCUGGAGAAGCGUCUUCGAGCCACGGCCGAACGAGUCAAGGCCCUGGAGAACGCCCUCAAGGAGGCCAAGGAGAACGCAAUGAGGGACCGCAAGCGGUACCAGCAGGAGGUGGACCGCAUCAAAGAGGCCGUCCGGGCCAAGAACAUGGCCAGAAGGGGGUUCUCUGCACAGAUCGCGAAGCCCAUCCGGCCAGGCCACCACCCACUGUCUUCCCCCAUCAGCGGCAUCAUCCGAGCCGGGAACAUCUACGCCCACUGAGCCCACGCGGGCGAGUUCGGCCCGUGAUCCGAACCACCUGACUCUGACCCGUAGACAGAAACCUGAAAAUAGAUAUAGCAGUUGUAGUUUUCGGCGUCUCAUGAAAGCUUCCUUCCUUCUGCAGCGCAUGACCCCCCCACCCCCCUCCCUCCUGUUGGACAAACCUCCAUUAAAAACAUCCCAAUUCAUGAAUUCCUCCUUAGACAUUAAGAUACAGAUUAGACAUUUAGGUGUUGUUAAGGUCACUUACUGCGUUAUUUCAUCAUCUAUGAUUGCAGCUCUAUGUUUUCUCAGCUAGUUUGUAUUAUAAGAAUUUAAUAAUCUAAUAUUUUACCAACCGAAAAGAAUGAUUCCUUAUGGACACCACACAUGCCCAGGUUGCAUUUGUGUUGUUCUCCAAGUUAUGUCGAUGCCUUCCUGCAGGUGACAGUCAUCAUGAAUGUAGAUGUAGAAAGUGUAGACUGUCACAUGGUAGUUGAUGUCAGAUGGUGAGGUGAACUCUAUAAUGUAAUAGAAGCACCGAUUAUUCCAUUUCUUCCAUAGAUUUCUGUUUGUUUACUGUCUUUGAUUAGUAAAUAGCAGUGGGCUGUGACGCAGGUCUGCAGGGACACUGACCAGCCAAUCAGAUGCUCCUUGGCCUGAGAGGACGGCGUCUGCAGUGAUACGUGCCUGUAUGUAAAGGUUCUCCUAUAGAUCUAUGUUCUGCACUUAGUUCGCUUAAGUUCCUGAUGAGAGACCUUCAAAACAUGAGACAGACCGACGAAUGUUCUUUCAAAUGAUCAAUGAAAAUAUAUAUAUUUUUUAAAUAUCACAUCAGAAACCCCAGAGAAGUGUGUCAGUCAGACACGCAGUUCAAUAGAACCCCAUGAAGAACCUGGAACCCUCCAGUUACAUGUAGGAGUUAGCUGCUUUACUCACGCUUCAGCAUGUGUUUGCAUUCUUAUCUUAGCGGCUCUUUUGUUUUUUACUCCAGUUGCCGACGCAGCUUCAGGAUUCUGGGCCUGACCAUCAGCUGAUUCCUUUAGGUGUUUCAUCGUUUGGUGAACUGAGCAUUGAGUCAGUGAAUGUAGGUGCAUGUGUUAAAGGCAUGCUCAGGGAAGACUUCUAUACGCCACGCAUUUACCUCAUCAUGUUUGGUUCUGUGUCUGCUUUAUCGUCUGAAUAUGCCUAAUUAAAGCUAAUAAAGAUAUAUCUAUUUAAAAUCUA